CGCUGCGUCGCUCUCGAUCCACUUCCGGUCGGUGACGCAGUUCCGCUCGGCUGGGCGCGCGGUGGAUUGUCUGGGAAGCAGAGCCCGGCUGUGGCUGGGGUUUCGCGGCUCCUGAGCCCGGCAUGGCUUCCACACGAGCUUCCUCCACGGCAACCAAAACCAAGGCACCUGAUGACUUAGUCGCGCCUGUUGUGAAGAAACCACACAUCUACUACGGAAGUUUGGAAGAGAAGGAGAGGGAGCGUCUGGCCAAAGGAGAAUCUGGGAUUUUGGGGAAAGAAGGACUUAAAGCAGGAAUUGAAGCGGGAAAUAUUAACAUAACCUCUGGGGAAGUGUUUGAAAUUGAAGAGCACAUAAGUGAGCGACAGGCCGAAGUGUUAGCCGAGUUUGAGAGAAGGAAGCGAGCCCGGCAAAUCAAUGUUUCCACAGACGACUCAGAGGUCAAGGCUUGCCUUCGAGCCUUGGGGGAGCCUAUCACACUUUUUGGAGAGGGUCCUGCUGAAAGAAGAGAAAGGUUAAGAAAUAUCCUCUCAGUGGUCGGUACUGAUGCCUUAAAAAAAACUAAAAAAGAUGAUGAGAAAUCUAAGAAGUCCAAAGAAGAGUAUCAGCAAACCUGGUACCAUGAAGGACCAAACACCCUGAAGGUUGCUAGACUAUGGAUUGCUAAUUAUUCGCUGCCCAGGGCAAUGAAACGCUUGGAAGAGGCCCGUCUCCAUAAAGAGAUUCCUGAAACAACUAGGACUUCCCAGAUGCAAGAGCUGCACAAAUCUCUCCGGUCUUUGAAUAAUUUCUGCAGUCAGAUUGGGGAUGAUCGGCCUAUCUCCUACUGUCACUUUAGUCCCAAUUCCAAAAUGCUGGCUACAGCUUGUUGGAGUGGGCUUUGCAAGCUCUGGUCUGUUCCUGAUUGCAACCUCCUUCACACUCUUCGAGGCCAUAACACAAAUGUAGGAGCAAUUGUAUUCCAUCCGAAAUCCACUGUUUCCUUGGACCAAAAAGAUGUCAAUUUGGCCUCUUGUGCUGCUGAUGGUUCUGUGAAACUUUGGAGCCUUGACAGUGAUGAACCAGUGGCAGAUAUUGAAGGCCAUACAGUACGGGUGGCCCGUGUAAUGUGGCAUCCAUCAGGACGUUUCUUGGGUACCACCUGCUAUGACCGCUCAUGGCGCUUAUGGGAUUUGGAAGCUCAAGAGGAGAUCCUGCAUCAGGAAGGCCACAGCAUGGGCGUGUAUGACAUUGCCUUCCAUCAAGAUGGCUCUUUGGCUGGCACUGGGGGACUGGAUGCAUUUGGUCGAGUUUGGGACCUGCGUACAGGACGUUGUAUCAUGUUCCUAGAAGGGCACCUGAAGGAAAUCUAUGGAAUAAAUUUCUCCCCCAAUGGCUACCACAUUGCAACCGGCAGUGGUGACAACACCUGCAAAGUAUGGGACCUUCGACAGCGGCGCUGCAUCUAUACCAUCCCCGCCCAUCAGAACUUAGUGACUGGUGUCAAAUUUGAGCCUAUCCACGGGAAUUUCUUGCUCACUGGUGCCUAUGAUAACACAGCCAAGAUCUGGACCCAUCCAGGCUGGUCCCCACUGAAGACUUUGGCUGGCCAUGAAGGCAAAGUGAUGGGCCUAGACAUUUCUUCUGAUGGGCAGCUUAUCGCCACUUGCUCAUAUGACAGGACCUUCAAGCUCUGGAUGGCUGAAUAGGCACAACCCUAGAAAAAGGACUCCAACCUCAAGCUCUCCCUUAAGAGCCAUUUUGUUGUAUCAUGUUUGUUGCCAGUUACCUCAGUAGAUUGGAUUCUAUGUCAGCCCCUACUCCAAGCAGACAGCCCAGUUCCUGGGAGCUGGUGAACCCUUUUCAUGCUUGAAUUUUAAUGUCAUCUUCAAGCCCUGCCAAGUAACUAUGUAGACAAUUGUUUAUAUUAAUCUUUUGUUUGAAUACCCUGUUGCCUUCCUCAUAGCACUCAGGAUUGUGGCUAGCUCCAUUUUUAAUUCUAGAAACUUGGCUUUCUAUUUCAUGGUACAUGCUUCAGGACUACAUGUGGCCCAGAGAGCAAGGUAGCUAGCUGGACUGCAGUCUAAGAGCCCUCGAGUCAAGAGGCACAUCUCACCACAUACUGGUUAACGCCUGACAGAGCAAGAACCUUUCCUCUGCCCUGAGAAUGGGAGGUGAAGAGAUAGACCCACAGCGAUGCUCAGAGUCAUGCAGUAAAGAUUUUACCUCUUCCUGUUGACUUCACUUGGAAUGUACCUGCAUCAGGGAGCUUCAGGAAGCUCAGAACUGAACAUCUGCCUCGUUGGAAAAUGUCUUCCAUUUUUCUUUGGUGUUUGGCAUCCUUCGUGUUACCCCAAAGCUAGACCAGUGUGUCAAGAUUCAAUGAAAUUUUUAGAAAGCUAA